GUUGCCAGGUGAGGUGCAACGUCUCCGCCUCGCCUCUCUGAGCGCGUAGCAGCGCGGAGGGCACGCAGCCAGGAGGUGCGGUACAGCUCGGCUCCGCUCCGCUCGGCUCGCCGUGGAGCGCCCCGGAUCCGUUGCCCCAUCUGUGGCCGCUGCUGUUCCGCGCUAUGGCGAAGGCGGGCAGGAAAGGAUGCGGCUGUUCAGGCUUCUUGAAGAGGAAUUGGCUCCUGCUCAGCACGGUCGCCGCCGUGGUGCUGGGUAUUGGAGUCGGCGUGCUAGUCCGGGAAUAUGGCAAGCUGUCUAACCUGGAUAAAUUCUACUUUUCCUUCCCUGGGGAAGUGCUGAUGAGAAUGCUGAAACUCAUCAUUCUACCGUUAAUCAUAUCAAGUAUGAUCACAGGUGUUGCUGCUUUGGAUUCCAGUGUUUCUGGGAAGAUUGGUUUGCGAGCAGUCGUAUAUUAUUUCUGCACUACAGUCAUUGCUGUAAUACUAGGGAUUGUCUUAGUUGUGACUAUUAAACCUGGAGCGCCUCAAACAGCAAAUGAGAUUGACAGAGUGGGUAGUACCCCAGAAGUCAGUACUGUUGAUGCCAUGCUUGAUCUGAUCAGGAACAUGUUCCCAGAAAACCUUGUCCAGGCCUGUUUUCAACAAUAUAAAACCAAACGUGAAAAAGUUGAAUCUACGACUAGCACGGAUAAAAACAGCUCCACAUUUAUGGAAGAGCCUGUCACAACUGCUACGACAGCAGAGACUUCAGAGAACAAAACUCAAGAAUACAAAGUCGUGGGCAUGUAUUCUGAUGGCAUCAAUGUACUGGGGUUGAUCGUCUUUUGUCUUGUGUUUGGAAUGGUUAUUGGGAAAAUGGGAGAGAAAGGACAAGUGCUGGUGGAUUUUUUCAAUGCACUGAAUGAAGCCACAAUGAAGAUAGUUCAGAUAAUUAUGUGGUAUAUGCCAGUUGGUAUCAUCUUUUUAAUUGCUGGGAAGAUAAUAGAAGUUGAGGACUGGGAAAUCUUUCGUAAACUGGGUCUCUAUAUGGCUACAGUACUAAGUGGACUUGCAAUCCAUUCCAUUAUAGUUCUGCCACUGAUCUACUUCAUAGUAGUAAGGAAAAAUCCUUUUCGGUUUGCCCUGGGUAUGGCUCAGGCGCUUCUGACAGCCCUCAUGAUUUCUUCCAGUUCAGCAACUUUGCCUGUCACCUUCCGCUGUGCAGAAGAAAAAAACUCAAUUGACAAAAGAAUUACCAGGUUUGUUCUUCCCGUCGGAGCUACCAUCAACAUGGACGGCACAGCUCUUUAUGAAGCAGUGGCAGCUGUGUUUAUUGCACAACUGAAUGACUUAGAACUGGAUAUUGGCCAAAUAGUUACUAUUAGUGUCACAGCUACAGCUGCCAGCAUUGGGGCUGCAGGUGUCCCCCAAGCCGGACUUGUCACCAUGGUGAUUGUGCUGAGUGCUGUUGGCCUGCCCGCUGAAGAUGUUACUCUCAUCAUUGCAGUUGACUGGCUUCUGGAUCGAUUCAGAACAAUGGUGAAUGUCUUGGGAGAUGCCUUUGGUACCGGCAUAGUGGAGAAGCUCUCUAAAAAGGAGCUGGAGCAGAUGGAUGUCACCUCCGAAGUCAACAUAGUCAAUCCUUUUGCCUUGGAAACAAUACUUGAUAAUGACGAAGCAGAGACCAAGAAAUCGUACAUCAACGGAGGCUUUGCAGUAGAUAAGUCUGACACCAUAUCCUUCACGCAGACUUCUCAGUUCUAAAGCCAGUAGCUAUCAGGUAAACCAGGAGUACAAUGGGUAUGGCUAUAUGCAAUAUUUCUUAAAGCUUAGAGAAUAAUCGAGAAUGAAUUACAUCUCACAUGUAUCUGAUUUACUUACGCAGACUCUGAUUCUCCUUACCAGUUCUGUUCCCUUCUUAUCACCUCUACCAACAAUUUGAACUCACCACUUUUAGUCCUUGCUGAUAGGUUGAAGAAAAAAGCAGUUUUUAAACACUUAGGGGUUUUGAGUUUGGGGGUUUUGAUUGUUUUUAGGAAUGCACACUGUUGCUGAGGCUAUGAAAUGCCUCUUGGGCAUUUGGAAUCAGCAUGAUCAUGAGUGGGUAUCUCAGCUGGGACAGCCAAACGUCUUUUACUCAGGAGUAACCCAGCAUUUCAUAUCUUACCCACAUUACAGAGCACCAAUAUAAAAUUCCUUUUAACAUCCUUGCCUUCUGAACAGAUUGCACUGUACUUGACACCUACUGUAACUUGAUCAUGUGCCAAAAUACUCAUUUCUGCAGCUAAGGGGAUACCACUUGGGUGAUUCAGGAAGGAACAGACCAGGAAGGCCUCGUAAUAAGUAUUUUACUGUGAACUGGCUUUCUUUUUUUUUUUCUUUCAAUUGUGAAAUAAUUGGGCGUGGAAGAAUUCCCACUGUUUAUGUAGCUACGUUUCCCCACAGCUCUCCUGUGAAUGCCAGCUACUGGGUUUGGCAUUCACAUACAAAAUAAAUUGCUGUGGAUUCGUUCUUCUGGCAUUUGAAGAGUUUUGGUAAAGUGAUGCUUAACUGAUUUAGGUCCACUUUAUUGGCCCCCUACUGCAAAUAAGUCCAUUUACUGUUGCUCAACUUUGGCUCUAACCAAAUAUUAAUCAGCCCAAAGGGAGGGAUCAUGAAGAUAAAAAUAGAUCAUACAGCAACACAUAGUGCCAAUUCUAAACCUUUUCUCCUUGGAGUAAAAACAGAUAUGGUAUCAAGAAUAUGGGAGGUGUACCCUUGUCUAGCAAGAAGCCACUGUCAUGAAGCUUUUUACACAGACUGGUUGUUUUUUUGCCACUUUAAUUAGUUUUCCAGUUGAACAUGGAAAUUUUAGCUGCAAUAUUACUACAGUGCCAACAUGCCAACUAAACGGUAUCUUAUGAAGCAUUUCUGGACCCAGGAAGUCAUGUCUUCAGGUAGCUUGCUAUAGGACAAGAAACACCAGGAACUUCCUCAUAAGAAAUUCCCGUUUUCUAAAACAUUUUAUACAAGAUUUCCAUGGUGCAAAAAUCACUCCCAAGUGAGGAAUUGCUGUAAAAAAAUUUUUUUUGCCUUGCACAUUAAGGUCAUUAGCCAUUUUAUAUGUGAAGUAAACUGAAAUUCAUAUAUAGUUAUUUGUAAAUAAGCUUGUGGUAAACCUAAAAUUGCACUUAUAUGCUAACUAAAACCCCUUCAAGAUCUGUAGUGUUGAAUACUCGAUUCAGUCCUACGUUUUGUAUUAAUCCAGAAGUGUGCCAAAGAGAACUGAUUAAGAAGAAAAUAUUUACUGUUGGUUUUGAUAAAUUGCACCUUAAAUCAACAAGUCAAUGAGACGUUAUACUGUAUUUGAAUUAAGUAUUGUAAACUACAUGUGUUAACUAGGUAUUGGUAUGUUUAUACAAAAUAUAUAAAGUGUACAGAUUGAGUAAAUCAAUCUUUUACCUGUGCAGAAACAGCGUGAGACAGUCUAUUUGUACAGCUGUGCUUAGGGGAGGAAAAAAACCCACCAGUUUGCACAAUUAGUCUAUAAUCUAUGCUUUGCCUUUUCUUUGCUUUUUUAAGUUAGCCUUUUAUGAUCACUACAUUGUGUAGCCACUCUGUUACAGUGUACUGUGAGUAGUGUUCCUAAUGUGUUCUAAAUAAAUAAUUUCUCUGUUUACUCUUG